AUGUCUGUGCCUGCUUGGAAGAAAAUUGGUUUAAAGAUAAAGGAGCAGCCUGCUGAGGUUGAGGAUCAGUCUCUCUCUAUAACUCAUUUGGAAAGUUCUACUAUUACGAAUAAGCAGGCCAAGAAACUUAACAAACAAAAGAGAAAGGCCGAGUUGGAAACUUCAGGUGAUAAAAAGCCGCCAAAGAGGGUUAAGAUUCCUAAAUCUGAAAGGGGCCCUCCCCCAGUGAAGGACCAAUUUGUAUACUUGCAACAGUACCAUACCGACAAAGAUAAUUGGAAGUUCAGUAAGCAGAAGCAAAACUGGAUCUUGAAAAACAUACGAAAUAUUCCUGAUGAAUAUGAACUGGCAUUAGUAGCAUAUAUAGAAGGUAUUCAAGGAGGAUCUAGGGAUAGAGUGAUAGAAGAUUUAAAGAAGGUUGUCCAGAAAUGGAACGAUAUCCAGGCCGUUGCUGAAGCUAAAGUUAUGGCCGAGCUAGAGAGAAAGAGAAAUGGUGCAAGUAAGAAGGUCGAUGAAGACAAGGAGGAUGAAGAAAAGGACGAAAAGAAGAAAACAUCCAAAGAAAUCAAGGAAGCCACGAAGAAGAAGGCUCAAGAGCAGGAGGAAGAGGCUCCACCUGAUGUUGAGUAUGCCAAGAGGUGUAGAAUACUCAUCAAGGCAUUGAGUGAUGAAGUGGUUGAAUUGAAUGGAGUUGAGGACGAAGAAGAUGAAGAUGUAGAAGAUGUAGAAGAGCAACAAGAAGAGGAAGCUGCUACAGAAACCAACGAACCAGUGGAAGAUAACUUGAUCUUUGACACCGUUGAGGUGUCUGGAUUCCCUGAGGAAUUUGAAGCUGCAAAGAACCCAAACGGAAAGGGCACAUCCAAGAAAGACAAGAAGAGUAAGAAGAAGAAGUCCAAGUCUAAAUCCAAGGCAAAGCCAAUCUCUGAAUAG